CAGGAAGCAUCUUCUUCUUGAAUAGCUUCUCUCAGAAUAAGUGAAUCCGUUCCAGGCUGACAUUCCUCGGCUGCAGGGUGCUAACCGUCAGCCAUGCUUUCCUGCAAAACCUGCGCAGUUUUAAGCUCGCUGCUCCUUUGGGUCGCGUGGUCAGGCGGAGACGUGAUGACGCAACGUAUCGGCUUGCGGGCUAGAUGCGAGUGCGUGGACCAAGUCGACCGAGUGGGUCUGAGGCGCAUCGUUGAAAUCGCAGUGCAAGAGCCGAAUGCGUUUUGCAGCAAGACAGAGAUCAUACUCACUCUGAAGCAGAACGUCGAGGUGUGUCUGAACCCAGACUCAGAACAGGGCCGAAACAUCCAGGAAUGCUGGAGGAGCCAUGACAUGGACCCAGCAAAAAUAAAACCGUGCUUAAGGAGGAAGACGACAACCCCCUAAGCUCACCACACAAGCCAACACCAGAAUAGAGUAUAACAACUCAAUACCCCAUAUAGCCCAAUACCACAGACGUUAGGAAAUAUUUUUUUCCACACAGGGAGUGGUCAAUGUGUGGAAUAGCUUGCCUGGACAUGCAGUGGAGGCAGAAACACUGGGGGUAUUCAAGGCCCGGCUUGAUACAGUGUUAGAUACUAUUUAGCUUUUAGGUAAACUAAGCAUUAAGUACAGUUUAGUUUAGUGGUAGGAAUAGACGAGCAGUGUUGGGCAGAAUGGGCUGUUCUCAUCUUACGUUAUGUUAUGUUGUUAUGUUAUACCCCAGACAUGUUACUGCUGCGCUUGUAAUCGUGCAUACGAGCUGACAUUAUACAUUGCAUGAGCAUGCUUUUUUUGUACCUGAAUUUUAUACAUUAAAGAGUAAAGGAAAAAAAAUCAAAAGCGAAGAUUCUCUGGGUAGCGUUGGUCGCUUUAUGUUCUUUUGCUGCUCGAUGUAAUACUGCCAAUUUAAAGGGUCUAAUAAACACCUCACCAUCAUUUAGA